AUGAAUGAGAAACAAAUUCUCGGCGUUGCUGGUAGCAGUAAUGAUGUACACCUUAUGACAUUAGAAUAUUAUAACGAACAUAAAGAUGAACUGAAAGGAGAGAAGGGUGACACCGGACCUCAAGGACCACAAGGAAUACAAGGAAUACAAGGAAUACAAGGACCUCAAGGCGAAAACGGUUUGGAUGGAAAGGAUGGAAAGGAUGGAAAAACUGCUAAAUCAUGGAUAUGGGACCUUAUAAAUACUGGUUUAACAGCUGCUUCAUAUGGAGUUCUUCAAUACCAAAUCGGAAAGAUAUGGGCAGUACUUGGUGAAGAAGUUUUAAAUGACGUUAAAAAUGCUUUGAACUUCAUUUCAAAUGGUUCGGAUACUAUUAAAACUUUAUCUGGUUGGAUGCAAGAAACAAGGAGUCAAAUAGAUACUGUAAGACGUAUAGCAAACAAUGCACGUACGGGAUUGGAUACUUUACGACAAGCACAAAAUACACUAAAGGAAGCAAAUGAUAUUCUUGGCUCAGUAUCAGACAUGCAUGAAGAUUGGCUUAAAGGUAUUGACAAAUCUUUAAAAAAUCACAGUCAGUCUAUUGCUGACUACAAGAAAAGUAUAGAUUUUUUACAUAGUGCUAUGGACGUACAUGAUGGAAGCAUAAGGAACUUACUUAAUGCUAACAAUAA